CCCAUUUUCUUAAAUUUUAUUAAAAAAUGGAAUCUAAAUAUCUACUCGUUUGUGUCGUGUUUUUAUUAUUUUUCUGUGGAACAGGAUAUGGCUCCCAAAAGAAGGGCAUUGCCUUAAGCCCAAAGUUAUUUCUUUGCGACGACUUUAAAGCUCUGAAUAAUGUUUCUUGGUGGUAUGACUGGCAAAUGAAUUUCUGGUACUAUCAUCACUUUACAAAUUGUACAAAUAUAGAGUCUCACAAGUACAAUCACAUCCCUAUGGCCUGGGGAUAUGACCCACGUCACACUAUAGGGGUUCCGUCCGAUACGUGGGCCAUUCUUGGUUUCAAUGAACCAAAUUUUCAUUCCCAGUCAAAUUUAACAGCUGCCCAAGCAGUCACACAUUGGCGGGAAAUUGAGAAGCAUUCCCAUGGAAGACCGCUAGUCAGCCCCGCAGCAGCGCCAUGCUCCACCCAGUCAAAAUGUUACGGUAACUCAUUUGACUGGUUCGACGAGUUUUUCAGGCUGUGUCAAGGUUGCCGUGUAGAUUAUCUUGCCACGCACGCGUACCAUUGUCACGGCGACACAACAAUGGCGUAUUUACGGAAUCUUUACCAUAAAUAUGGUAAAAAGAUAUGGUUGACGGAAUUUGCUUGUCCAAAUUCACAUGACAUUCAUAAGCAACUGAAGUACAUGCAAGAGCUACUACCUCAGCUGGAGGCUGCUGACUUUGUAUACAGAUAUUCUUGGUAUAAGGCUCGCAUCACUACUUCCGGUCAUAUAACAACGGCCGCAAGCCUUCUUCAUAGCCAUACGUCCAGCCUGACCACAUUGGGAAAGUUGUACAACAGUUUCCAAGGCAACGGUCACCAUACCGCUAUAGUUGGUUGAUAACCUUGAAUAAAUGCAGUUGAAAAUGGA